UGCCCGCCAUCGGUUGGGAUCGGCAUUAUAAAAGCCCUAAGGAGCGCGUUGCCAAAAUCCUCUCUCCUUACUGCGAGAUUUCCUUUCUUUGUUGUCUUUCCCUUUUCCCUUCGACUUCACAUAAUUUUUAACUUCAGGUACUUCGAAGAAUGUUUAUAUGUGGGGUAAAGGGUCGAUGGAAUUGAAGCAGCUUUAGCUAUUGACUUUUGUUAGUUCCAUUUUUUGGAAAGAUGGUUCUUCUACUAUUGUAAAAUUUGCUGGUGGUGGUGGUGGGCUUUCAUGCUUUUGCCUCUUCUUACCUCUUUAUUUCCAUGUCGAGCAUAAAUUGAGAAAUCCAACGGAAAGAGGUCUCGUUCUAGCUGAAGUCCCCCUCCCUCCGUGGGAACCUAGACUGAUCCUGAAACGGCUACUUCCUGACCCUACCUAUUCUGCCUUUCGAUCUCAAUUACCUUGAAGCCGAAUUGGGCAUUUACGAAGGGGAAGCGAAAGCCCACACCAAGGCUUUUGGAGGGGAAGCUCGCUCGCUAACUUUGCACUUCGGCCAAAAUGCCGAAAAAAGGCUAAGGCCGAAGGAGGUCUGACUCCUUCGCUCAAGGUAGAUGUCUGGUUGAUAACCCAUAAAUGGAGAUAAAGACUUGCGGGAAGCCAAUUGAUUCUUUGCUGGAGAAGGUUCUAUGCAUGAAUAUUCUGUCUUCUGAUUACUUUAAGGAGCUAUAUCGUUUGAAGACAUACCAUGAAGUCGUUGAUGAGAUUUAUAACCAAGUUGAUCACGUGGAGCCAUGGAUGACUGGUAACUGUCGUGGCCCUUCAACAGCAUUUUGCCUUCUGUACAAGUUUUUCACCAUGAAACUUACUGUUAAGCAAAUGCAUGGGCUGUUAAAGCAUGAGGAUUCUCCUUACAUCAGAGCGAUUGGAUUUCUCUACUUAAGAUAUGUUGCAGAUCCAAAGACUCUCUGGAAUUGGUUUGAACCGUAUGUUAAAGAUGAUGAGGAAUUUUCACCAGGAUCCCAUGGACGAAUGACUACAAUGGGUGUUUAUGUGCGUGAUUUGCUCCUUGGACAGUAUUACUUCGAUACCCUUUUCCCUCGUAUUCCGGUUCCUGUAUUGCGGCAAGUUGUAUCUAAUCUUGAAAAGUUGAAGCUACCAAGCAAGCAUUCAGGUGUGACAGGGGAAACACAUCGAAUAGGGUCUGAAGACACUGCACGGCGGCCCCCUUCUGUUAAAGCUUCACUUUCAGUUUCCUUUGGACAACGAGCUCCACAUCGUGCCUCAACUAGGGAUUCGUCUCCUGUUCGUCGUACGCUGCCAUCAUCUGCAAAUGAUAGAGAUAACAACGAUGAUCUACGAAGAUCUCCAAGCAUUCGCCGUAGUCAAAGUCGUGAACAUCCAGAUAGUAGGGAGAGGAGCAGGGAUAGAGAGUUUGACAGGGAGAGGAGCAGGGAUAGAGAUUAUGACAGGGACAGAGAUAGAGGAAGGGAUAGGGACCGAGAUCGAGAACAUGAUCGGGACAGAGAGAAGUAUAGAGAUCGGGAAAGGGACCGAGAUAGAGAAAGAGAGAAAGCCAGGGAUAGGGAAAGGGACAGAGAGCGUGAUAGAGAACGAAGUUAUGAUUACGAUCGAAGGACUCAUUACAGUGACAGAGAGAGUCGAAGGGACUUUGAAAGGAGUAGCCGUGAUGGUGGCACCAGGCAUUAUCGAAGAAGUCGUAGCCGAAGUAGGAGUCGGAGCAGAAGUAGAAGUCUACAAACGCAUCACGAGAGAGAGCCAAGUCCUGCAAGGGGCGGAACAACAGAGAAGGCAUCUGUGAUAUCGAGCAAUCUGGCAAAACUAAAAGAUAUAUAUGGUGAUGUGAGCGAGCAGAAAGGGGAUUCGAGCAAAGUUAAUAGAAGAGAUGGUAGUGGUGAAGAAGUGAUUAGACUGGGCGGUUCCUGGAAAUAGUGAAUGAUGAAUGGUCUCAAAUACAAAGGACCUCCACUCCACUGUAUUCAAUCACAUGUUAUCUUCACUUAGAAAACAAAUUUUAGUCUUUUAUUGGAAAAGGAAGAAAAAUCAAUGUAUUUGUCACUUCGAGUUUAUAGCAUUUAUGCAUCAUCUCUCCUCCCCCGAUCAAAUUUAUUUUAUCUUAUCAGUUGAAUGCCUUGAAGACUUCAGGCAAAAUGUAAUUCAUGCAACCAUUGUGGCUGUGUAUUAGGUUAAGCUUGACUUCAUUAAUGGUUCCUCUUCUAUUUUGUGGACAAUGAUUUCUAUUCUUUCUCAAAAAAAUCAUAUACUUUCAUCUGUAAAUUAUAAAUUAUUUUGCA